AUGGGUGUUCACGACUUUGAGAGCUACACUGAGCUUUACAGCAAUUUGCAAAUCGGCAGCAAGGACGCCUAUCAAUGGGAGUAAGUGGUAAUCCACCUCACGGCCGCACAUGUCAAACUGACGGCCAAUCACAGCCCACCAAAGCCUGCAAAGCAGAUGCCUCUUCCUCCUCCUCCGUCACAGCCAAGCAACACCCCAAAACAGCGUCCACUCGACGGCGGCAUCCACUUCACCGCAACGAUGACGCGCCGCCCAACGCCGUUCCCGCCAAGCGACAAGGUUGUCAAGCAGGAAUCGCAGCCGUCGCCACCAGCACUGCUCAGUCCAGCUCCCGCUAACGGCCUCCCUCCACCAGCUGCCCCGACUGGACCAGCGGUCCCACCACAUCCAGCCAGCACGCCCAUGACCGGUCCUCAGCUUCUCUACCACACUCUCCACCUCGCCACGAUUCUCACCGACUCCCUCUCCACCUACCUCUCCCUCGAAGUCCUCCUCCGGGAUCUCUCCACCCAAGGUCGCGGCUACUUCAACCUCGCGCAAGCGCUCAGUAACACCGGCGCCAUGCUCUCGGAGUUGGGAGGAGUCAUCUCGGGCGCCCACGCAGAUCUGGCCAAGUACCCCGAGCAUAGCAAGUGGCUAGAAGAGGACUGCUACAAGACCCUAAUGUGCGCCGUGCCGACGUUGCGGGAUGCCACGGGAUGUGUUCCGGACGCGAGGGUCCCGGGGACUUUCUUGCCGAGUAAGGAGAAGCUGGUUACGAUUCAGCGGUUGUGGUGUGAGGCGAAGGCAUUGAGGGAGGGCAAGAAGGAAGGCGAGGUCGGCUGGAUGAAGUGUUGGGAUCUGUUCUCUUACUUGCCGAUGCCGCCUCUUGGACCUUGA